AUGAUGCAAAAGCCCCUGCCCGUCCUGGCCCUCGCUGCUGCUGCCAUGGCUGCCGGCUCCUGCCCCAGCGACUCGCCGCUGUCGUGCCACAACGCCACGGCCGUCGCCGAUACGUGCUGCUUCAUUCCGGCCGGCCAGCUGCUCCAGACGCAGUUCUGGGACACUGACCCUCCCACCGGUCCUUCUGACUCGUGGACCAUUCACGGUCUCUGGCCCGACAACUGCGACGGCAGCUACCCGGCGCAGUGCGACACGGACCGGGCCUACACCAACAUCACGCAGAUCCUGCAGGCCAACGACGCCGGGGCCGUGCUCGACUACAUGAGCACGUACUGGAAGGACUACCGGGGCGACGACGAGAGCUUCUGGGAGCACGAGUGGGGAAAGCACGGGACCUGCAUCAGCACGCUGGAGCCGUCGUGCUACGGCGCCGCGUACCGGGACGGCGAGGAGGCGGCCGACUUCUUCGCCCGCGCCGUCGGCCUCUUCCAGACGCUGCCCACGUACCAGUGGCUCGCCGACGCCGGCAUCACGCCCUCGGACAGCAAGACGUACGACGUGGCCCAGAUCCAGAGCGUCCUGUCCGGGAAGCACGGCGCCCAGGUUACCCUCAACUGCCGCGGCAAGGUCUUCAACGAGGUCUGGUAUCACUACAAUGUUCGCGGCUCCCUCCAGGACGGCGACUUUGUCGCGGCGCCACCAGACGGCGCCAAGAGCAAGUGCAAGGGCAAGGUCCAGUACAAGCCCAAGGCGUAA